AUGACGACAUACGUCAGGAACGACAGCGAUGCAAGCUCCGGCUCUCCUGGUCGUAAGAAGGAAGCUGCAGAUGCGAUCGAAAUGGUCCCAACACAAAGCCACCAAGAUCAAGCCCAACCCAGCGGCCCGCUAAUGCUUACUGAGGCGAACUCGAAGAAGAACACGGGAUAUGCGUUCACGAACAAGCGCAAGUGGGCAAUCCUGACGGUAGUCGGACUCUGCCAAACCAGCAUGAAUUACAACGCAGCGGUCUAUUCCAACGCAAUAGGGCCACUUAACGAACACUACCACCUGGGUAGCAACCACUUCACCAACGCCAGGGCUGGCAUGGCAUGGUUUUUGAUCCUAUACGGUAUCGGUUGCGAACUCUGGGCACCCUGGUCCGAAGAGUUCGGACGUAAACCCAUCAUGCAGCUGUCACUCUUCACCGUCAACAUCUGGCAGAUCAUGGCCGGUGCCAGUACCUCAUGGAGUCAUGUACUGGCUGCACGCCUGCUCGGCGGUCUCUGCUCCGCAGGUGGUUCUGUAACCCUCGGAAUGGUUGCGGACAUGUUCGAUCCCGAAGAGCAACAACUCCCUAUCCUCUGGGUCAGCUUGUGGAGCUGUCUAGGCUCAGUCAUCGGUGGCAUUUGCGGUGGCCGUAUCGAGCAGUUCCUUCACUGGCGAUGGAACUUCUGGAUUCAGCUCAUUCUUGGGGCCACAGUCCAGCUCAUCCACUUCGUCUAUGUUCCCGAGACCAGGUCGACGGUCAUGCUCAACAAGGAAGCUAAGAAGAGCCGCAAGCAAAACCCAGAGGCCAACGUCGUUGGGCCAACCGAACACGAGAAGCUUGACUUCAUGGCUUGUCUCAGGAUCAUGGGUCGUCCAUACAAAAUGCUAGUCUGCGAACCAAUCGUUGGCUUCCUGUCACUGCUCAGUGGAUUCAGCGACGCACUCAUCUUCAGCUUCUUGGAAUCGUACGGGUACGUGUUCGGGAAGGAUGGCUGGGGCUUUACUCCUAGUCAGCUAGGACUCGCCUUGUUUGCCCUCUUCAUCGGCUACUGGUUAGCAGCAGUGCUGUAUUACCCAGUCAUACGACGACACAACCAGCAGCGUGGCAACGGUCAAGUGCUCAGCCCUGAGAGCCGACUGUCAGCCCUCCGAUGGAUCGUACUGCUUCUUCCCAUCGGCUUGUUCGGCUCCGCAUUCGUAGUUACUGGCCCGCCUCUGCCAUGGAUCGCACCCCUCAUAUUCGCCGUCUUAAUCGGAUGCGCAAACCUUGCCAUCUACUUUGCCACCAUUGACUACAUGGUCGCCGCUUACGGAGGAACUUAUUCAGCAUCAGCCACCGGCGGCAAUGGUUUUGCUCGAGAUGUCCUUGCGGGUUUAUGCUCCUUCUACACCGGGCCAAUGUACAAGAAGCUCGGUGUCCAGAAUUCGACAUGGGUCUUGUUUGCGGUCUCCGCCCUCGUAUGCGCCCCGGUCUUCUUCAUCUACAAGUGGGGUCCUAGCAUCAGGUCUCGAAGCUCGUACGCACAGCGGAUUAAGGAGGAAAGAGAGAAGAGUGCUGCGUUCGAGCAAACAACGCAAGGUCAGGCGUAG